AUGGUGCAGAUGAUGGAGUCUCAGUGUGAGUAUUUCAUGUAUUUUCCGGCGGUGCCCAUCACCGACCUGUCGGACCCGGCUCGGUACCGCACGCUGCCCCGCAGGAGUCACCUCUACCUCGGGGAGACGGUCCGCUUCCUCCUGGUGCUGCGGUGCAGGGACGCCGGAGCGACGCCGACGGAGGCCGGCCCCGCUGAUGGUUUUGGGACGGAGUCUGCCAGCAGCCGGGCCUGGAGGGAGCUGGCCGGCUCGCUGUGCGCCGUGGCCAGCGUGAGUCCUGGCGAGAGCAGCCGGCACCGCGGCGGCCACCACCAGCACCACGACUACCAGAGCAGCGGGGACGAGGCCAACGAGGACGGCGAGGAGGACUACAUCGCGGUGGCGGAGGCGGCCAUCGCCGCGCUAGGCAGCAGGGUGGACUCCCGCUGCCGAACCUUCAGGGACUGCAAGCCGCUGCUCAUACACAACUCCUCGGGGACGGCGUCCAGGGAGUUCCGCAGGGCUCCCGUUCAGUCUCCUCUGGACGAGCCGGUGGUCCUGACGGACGAGGUGAUCUUCCCCCUGACGGUGUCUCUGGACAAGCUGCCCGUCAGCACCCUCAAAGUGAAGGUGAUGGUCACUGUGUGGAAGAAGGAGGCGGAGAAGGUGGAGGUCCAGGAGCUGGGCUACCUGAGUGUCCUGCAGCAGAGAGAGCCCACACACACCUUCAGACACGACCUGAACACCUUCAAGGCUCAGGUCAGCACCACGCUGACUGUCCUGCCGCCUCCAGCGCUCCGCUGUAAGCUGAUGACGGUGUCCGGGAGGCACCUGGCCGUGCUCAAAGUGCUGAACGAGUCGUCGCAGGAGGAGCUUAGCGUUCGGGAUGUUCGGAUUCUACCCAACCUGAACGCGUCGUACCUUCCCAUGAUGCCGGACGGCUCGGUGCUGCUGGUGGACAACGUGUGCCACCAGUCCGGCGAGGUGGGCAUGGCGUCCUUCUGCCGGGUGGACAGUACGGCUGGGCGCCUUCCCAGCAUGCUCAGUGCUCUGGAGGAGCACGACUUCCUGUUCCAGCUGCACCUGAACGACAUCCCACAGGACGACUCAAACGAGGGUCUGGAGGUUCCCCUGGUCGCUGUUCUGCAGUGGUCAACUCCCAAGAUGCCGUUCACCAACUGUAUCUACACACACUACAGGCUGCCCAGCAUCCGGCUGGACCGGCCGCGGUUCGUCAUGACGGCCAGCUGUCCGAGCACGGUCAGAGUGAAGGAGAACUUCAAGGUCAAAUACGUUCUCCUCAACAACCUGCAGGACUUCCUGGCUGUGCGUCUCGUCUGGACUCCUGAGGGCCGUGGUCAGGGUGAGGAUGCAGCGCUCGCUGCGGUGGUUUGUCACACUCCUCUCAGUAACCUCGGUCACUGUCGCAAAGGCAGCACGUUGUCCUUCAGUGUGGCGUUCCAGAUCCUCAAACCAGGACUGUACGAGCUGAGUCAACACAUGAAGCUGAAGCUCCAGUUCACGGCCUCCGUUUCCAACCCUCCGCCGGACGCUCGGCCUCUCUCACGGAAAAACAGCCCAUCCAGCCCGGCGGUUCGAGACCUGCUGGACCGCCACCAGGCCAGUCUGGGGCGCUCGCAGUCGUUCUCCCACCAGCAGCCGUCGCGCUCGCACAUCAUGAGGACGGGCAGCGCCAUGGAGCGCCGCGCCAUCACCCCUCCCGUCGGGUCACCGGUCGGACGGCCGCUUUACCUCCCGCCGCAGGACAAAUCCCUGCUGUCGCUCGACAAGAUCGCCAAGAGGGAGUGUAAGGUCCUGGUGAUAGAUCCUGUCAGCUAGGAGACACAAGGAGGCGGGACACCAAAACAUGAACUCUGACCUUCAGUUGGAGAGAAACUGUAAAUAUAUUUAUAAUUCUCUAACUUAUAGUCAAGUCACUGGAAAAGUUCCUCCCACAGCUGUAAAGAUCAGCUGUAGCUCUCAAGGUAUUUACAGUGGCGUUACCAUAGGAACAGUGUUACAACGGUGGGAGGAGCGAUCAAUAUUGUCCUGAUUUCAGUAACGCGACUUUCACCUCCACCUUUUCUCAGUGUCACAGUGUUUCAAGAGCAGUCCACUGUCUGUGAACACAGUCUGAUGCAAGGUUCAAAGGUCAAACAUGCUGUGUUAUGUAUCCAAGGCUUUUUUUGGGAGUGAACCUCAGUAUUACAGUGCUUCAUAAACACUG